AAAACCUGCAGCCGUGCAGGUUAGAUUCGUGUCUUCAAAGUGCAGCGCGGUGCGGACCAGGGUUGGUGGCGGAUUGUUCAUGUGAUUUGGCCCCUGCCGGAGGGAGGGAGGCAUCUGCUCAUCUCGCGGAAACACUUCCUCUUCGAGAGGUCGGGCUGAGUUUUCUGCUUUCAGGAUUCCAGACUUCAGACCACCGAGCUGUCCACAACAAACAGAGGAGGAAACCGAGAGAAGGAAGCUGAGGCGGUGAGAGGAGGACGGGCGGGAUCGCUACUUGAACAGUCGUGCUUGAUCUCCAAGGGGGCGCGCUGCGGCUGCUCACGUCGUCCGUCAGCAACAUGGGGGAACUCUUCAGGAGCGAAGAGAUGACGCUGGCUCAGCUCUUCCUCCAGUCCGAAGCGGCCUACUGUUGUGUCAGUGAGCUGGGGGAGAUCGGGAUGGUGCAGUUCCGUGAUCUAAAUCCCGAUGUGAACGUGUUCCAGAGAAAGUUUGUCAAUGAAGUGAGACGAUGUGAGGAGAUGGAUCGCAAACUGAGAUUUGUAGAGAAGGAAAUAAGAAAGGCGAACAUUGAGGUUGUCGACACUGGAGAAAACCCUGAAGUCCCCUUCCCAAGGGACAUGAUCGACCUGGAGGCCACAUUUGAGAAGCUUGAGAAUGAGCUGAAGGAAAUAAACACCAACCAAGAAGCCCUGAAGAAGAACUUCCUGGAGCUGACGGAGCUCAAGCACAUUCUGCGUCGCACGCAGCAGUUCUUUGACGAGAUGGAGGACCCCAGUUUACUGGAGGAAUCAGCCGCCCCCCUGGAUCACAGUGAUGUCAACAGAGUGACUCCUCUCAGACUGGGAUUUGUAGCUGGAGUCAUCGGCAGAGAACGAAUCCCCACAUUUGAGCGGAUGCUGUGGAGAGUGUGCAGAGGAAAUGUCUUCCUGAAACAGGCGGACAUCGAAGACACGCUUGAGGACCCAACCACGGGCGACCAGGUCCACAAGUCUGUCUUCAUCAUCUUCUUCCAGGGAGACCAGCUGAAGAACAGAGUCAAGAAGAUCUGCGAGGGGUUCAGAGCCACCUUGUACCCGUGUCCAGAAACGCCCCAGGAGAGGAAAGAGAUGCUCGCGGGAGUGAAUGCUCGCAUCGAGGACCUACAGAUGGUGCUGAACCAGACGGAGGACCACCGGCAAAGGGUCCUGCAGGCGGCAGCCAAGACAGUCCGAGUGUGGUUCAUCAAGGUGCGUAAGAUGAAGGCCAUCUACCACACCCUCAACCUCUGCAACAUCGACGUCACCCAGAAGUGUCUGAUCGCCGAGGUGUGGUGUCCCGUCUCCGACCUGGACUCCAUCCAGUUUGCGCUGCGCAGGGGGACGGAGAAGAGCGGCUCCACCGUGUCGUCCAUCCUCAACAGGAUGCAGUCCAAGCAGACCCCGCCCACCUACAACAAGACAAACAAGUUCACCUCCGGCUUUCAGAACAUCGUCGAUGCCUAUGGGAUCGGCAGCUACCGGGAGAUUAACCCCGCACCAUACACCAUCAUCACCUUCCCUUUCCUAUUCGCGGUCAUGUUUGGUGAUAUGGGCCACGGGGUGCUCAUGACCUGCGCAGCCCUGUACCUUGUGUUGAGAGAGAGCAGGCUAACGGCCCAAAAGAACGACAACGAGAUGUUCAACAUGGUAUUCGCGGGGCGCUACAUCAUCCUGCUGAUGGGCAUCUUCUCCGUCUACACGGGCAUCAUUUACAACGACUGCUUCUCCAAGUCCCUCAACGCGUUCGGCUCGGGCUGGAGCGUCAGGCCCAUGUUCGACGCUCGAGUAGGAGGCAACUGGACGUUUGAUACACUGGAGGGCAACAAGGUUUUGCAGCUGGACCCAACGAUAGACGGCGUGUUUGGAGGGCCGUACCCCAUCGGCAUCGAUCCGAUAUGGAACAUUGCGUCCAACAAGCUGACAUUCCUGAACUCCUUCAAGAUGAAGAUGUCUGUGAUCCUGGGAGUCACUCACAUGUUGUUUGGAGUCUCGCUCAGUCUCUUCAACCACCUUUACUUCAAGAAGCCGCUGAACAUCUACUUGGGAUUCAUCCCCGAAAUCGUCUUCAUGGCCAGUCUGUUUGGCUACCUGGCCAUUCUGAUCUUCUACAAGUGGGUCGCGUACGACGCCCUCACCUCCAGGGACGCGCCCAGUCUCCUCAUCGCCUUCAUCAACAUGUUCCUCUUCAACUACAACGACCCGAGUAACAAGCCUCUGUACAGAGGACAGGCGGCCGUACAGUCACUCUUAGUGGUCAUCGCCUUGGCGUGUGUUCCCUGCAUGUUAAUAGUGAAAACUCUGAUUCUGCGGCGACAGCACUUGUGGCGGAAAAAUUUGGGUAUGCAGAACUUUGGUGGGAUCCAGGUGGGCAACGGGCCCACCGAGGACGAGGCCGAGAUCAUCCAGCACGACCAGCUGUCGCAGCACUCGGAGGAAGAACCCGAGCGUUGCCUUUUGUCACCUGCUUUCAAGGCCCGGGAGGAGGAAGAGUUUAACUUCACGGACGUGGCGGUACACCAGGCGAUCCACACCAUAGAGUACUGCCUGGGUUGCAUCUCUAACACUGCCUCCUAUCUGAGGCUCUGGGCCCUCAGUCUGGCCCAUGCACAGUUGUCGGAGGUGCUGUGGUCCAUGGUGAUGCACAUCGGCCUCUCCAGCAGCAGCAUCGCGGGCUUCCUCCUUCUGGCCAUCGUCUUUUACUUCUUCGCUGUUCUCACAGUGGCCAUUCUGCUCAUAAUGGAGGGUCUAUCAGCCUUCCUGCACGCACUGAGACUGCACUGGGUGGAGUUCCAAAACAAGUUUUACUCGGGCCAGGGCUUCAUGUUCCUCCCCUUCACCUUCGAAAGCAUCUUGGACGGGAGGUUUGAAGACUGAGAUCUGACAACUCCUUCUCGUCUUCAGUUGUCGUCUCUGUGUGGUGUUGAACAGUGAUUGUUUUUUUUGUUGUUGUUUUGAGUGUUGCAGUUUCCAAUAUCACCUCUGUGAGUGAGCCGAGAUAACCCGUCUGUUUUUGAACUCAUCAUUUUCAAAUUCGGUAGCUACAUCUGCAACAAAGCAAAUCUGCGAGUUUUCGUUCCAGAGGAUUAAUAGCAUUAGCUUGUUUCUUGUCUCAGUCAAAGUCGUUUUGUUUUACCCGUGUUUUAUGUAGUUUAAUAUUAUUUAUGCAAAAUUCUUUAUUAAAAAAACCCGCAUUUUUCUCAUGCGGGGGAAAGUGUUGCAAUACCGAUCAUCAUAAACGAUGCUGCGUUGCAAACGUCUUGACUGAUGAUGUUGACAAAUGCUUAUUCAGAAGUGACCGGCGUCUUUUCCACGUUGUCGUGUCUCUUUCUCUUUGGCAUUAUUCUUCAGUAACAAUCGACUCAUCUGUUUUAUUUCAAAAAGCUUUGCAUACACACUGACACGUCUAUCAAAUUGCAUACUGACCUCACACAGAGAGCUAUAAAGGGAAUACAAGUUAAAAUACAUCAGGACGUCAGUCAGUUCUUUUGACAGAGAAUAUUCAAAACUCUUGCGUUGUGCCCCAACACUGCCUCACAUGCUCUUCAACAGCCGAAUAAAAUCACUCGACAUUUGUCGGUGUUGCUGAUUUUUUUUUUUUCCCUUGCUCUGUUUUCACUCGUAUGUCAACGUGUACAAUGUUUUCCUCACUGAGAAAGGGAGUAAGAGCGGCAUACUCACAUGGAAUUCGUUCCACCCAGAAAUGGUUGAGCACCCGCAUUAACUGUGCAUCUCUUUGUCAAUAAAGUAGAAAGCGCUGGUUUAA